AACGCUUGUGAGAGACUGGAAUGCUCAGUGAAGAGAUGCAAUGCUCAGUUAAGGAACUGGAAUUUAUGGUUUCAGUCCUUCUGAAUAUGGAAUGUAACCACUGGGACUGGGAGUUGUUUAUCAAGGAGUGGGAGGCAAAGAAACUGCAGGAUAGACAGCUGAACAAAUCUGAUGCACAGGGUGAACUGAAAAGGCUGACAAAGGACCUGAGUUUGGCAGCUACUUAUGAAGAUUUGUUCUGCUGCUUACCCUGCAGUUUCUUUGCCUCCCAGUCAUUGAUAAACCACUCCCAGUCCCAGUGCUUAGAUUCCAUAUUCAGGACUGAAACCAGAAAUUGCAACUCCUUAACUGAGCGUUGCAUCGCCUUCAUUGAGCAUUCCAAUCUCUCCCAAGCAUUAUUAGGUCCAGUGCUCUUUAGGGAAUUUUUCAGAGUUGGUAGAACACUCUUGCCACAAAAACUGUAGAAGUGACCAGAAAUUGUGCCAAUAGUAGCAACAACUUUAUCAAUUACUCACCUGUUACAUUAACAAUAUACACUACAUUCAUUUUAGGAACAAAAACAAUAUGAGCAUACAUUCAGCUUAAUGUAAGAAAAAGAAAUAUCUUAAUGAAAGUUAAAAACUUAA